AUGCUUCGAAGAUUUGGCCCUAAUGAAGUACAAGUUAAGCAAAAGAUUAGCUAUCUCAAAGAUUCGGUAAAUACUAGUAAAUUUCUAUGUCUACAUAACUGGCAUUCAUGUGCAAUGUGUAACAAUCUAUCGUUUAUAGAAUCGGUUAAAGUAUUCCAAAAAACUAAAAUGCCUUUAGUAGUAGAAGAAUAUUUUCCAUGUAGCAAACAUAAACCAUUU